AAUUUUGUGUUACUUGUGCUUUGAAACUAUCGCCAAAUAGCGCCUCAUGACUAAAAUAAGUGGCAACAACAACAGAAACAAAAACAACCAAAAAAUUUCGAGAAAGCAGAAGUAUUUGAUGGUAUUUGGCUGUAGUGUAUGCCGUGCAGUGUGGCACCGCAAAAACUUCUCACGUGUAUGAAAUUCAUGGCCGAAAUCGUGCAAGAACACUGUUCAGGCUCCAACAACGGUUUCUAAUACGGUGGCCACCGGUGGCGAAGCUGCCCUUUAGUUUUCACAUCCGACAUCAUCCCGAAGCUACGCUUCGCGAUCUCUUCAGCUGAUCUUUAUUGAAUGAGUUUUGGAAAGAGGCGGGCUCACGAGUACGAAGAAAAAUGUUGACUCCAGCGUUCGAGCUAAAACAAGAUGACGACUUCUUAAUAAUUGAGAUCAAGGCACCGUACUCUAAGAUUUCGGAGGCGGAGAUCUACUUCUACGAAGAGGAGUUCAAGUUUUACUCCAAGCCGUACUACUUAAGACUGCACUUACCUGGAAAAGUGGUUGAAAAUGGUCUCGAGACAGCAAAGUAUGUGUCUGAGAAUGGCAUGUAUGUGGUUCACAUGCCAAAGCAGAGUCCAGGGCAGGUUUUCACUGGCCUGGAUCUUUUGACCAAGCUCUUAGCACCAAGUCCGAGGGCAGCACCUGCAAGACCCGUGAUUGAAGUUCUUGAGAACCGGUCUGCCAAUGACGAGGAACCACCUGAAGUGGAAGAGGAGAUGGACUGGCACGUGGAGCAGAUGCCCUGGACUCCUCAGGACGAAGUCUCCCUGCUGGAGGGCAGUGUCCGGAAGUAUGGCUUUGACAGGCAGAGGACAGGUGUCAUCGCACGGAUCAAGGAGGAGAUGUCUGACCUGGUGGACAUUGCUGAUCCUGAGCACAAGAGUGUCCAGGAAGCCCGGAAAGAGCGACUGAAGGCUGAAGAGGGCCACUUCAGUGCAGAACACUACCUAGCUGACCGUUAUGAACCUGCUGGCGUGGAGCAAGUCUUGGGCUACGAGGCCCCCUGGUGGAACCUGGCAGUACGCUUUGAUGGAAGCGGUGAUGACCUCUUUAGUUUCACAGAAGAAGAAAAGACCAAGAUGCGCAACCUUCCCCGCAAGGAAUAUCUGCUGGACAAGCAACUGGAGCUGUCCCUGCAGCUUGGCCUGGUGGAUAUCCUGUUUGCUUACGCCUACAACAAGCGGGUCACUGAGGGCGAAGAUACGGUGGAGUCUGGUUGGAACAUAAGCAAGAUCAGUGCAACACUGUCGUGGUUUGAGGAGUUCUGGUCCUUGGAGCGGACGGUCAGGAGCUGUUUUCGGCGGUGCCUCACCUACCCACUGUAUCGUCACUGGGGUCUCACGUACGCUGUGCUCCGAGAUGUCAUUCAAAUCCUGCAGCUGGGUCCCCGGUAUGUCCUCAGAUGCCUGCUUGAAAUCCAUGGCAUAUUCAGCCAUCAUGACUCGAGGUACAUCCUUAAUGAUCUAUAUAUCACAGACUAUGCAGUUUGGAUACAGUCUGUUAGUCCAAAGCGCCUGCAGUCUCUAGCAGGUGCUCUGAAACAGGUUAAGGUUAGGAAAGCUGACCUAGACCUGGACAUUCCCGAGCUUGAGCGCGGAGCCAAGCUUGCCAUUGCAGAAGCAGCUGUCGAGGAGGCCGCUGCUUCCAACGGCAUCAAUGCAGCCAUGCAGGCACUGUGCAUCUCCAAUCCUCUGGCUUCAACGGGUGAAAGCACCGCUUCAAGUGCCAAUAACAUCAUUGCUGAACCGAAGAAUCGGCACAGGGAUGAUGAUAAUGAUAGCACGAGCAGUGAUAACAGCUCAUGGAGUGAUGAUGAAAGUGACUCAUCAGACUCAACGAGUGACUCGAGCUCAGAUUCGGAACUGGACUCGGACGAUGAUGAAAUUGCUGCAGCUGGUGCGAGUCGUCGUGGAGGAGCUGUUGUUGAUGGUGACAGUGUGUCUGUGACCUCCAACAGCGAUUCUGACAGUGAUGACUCUGAUGGCAGCAGCUCAGGAGCAGAAGGUAUUGACCAGUGCCUACUGUUUGUCAAGGAUGCUGAACCUGAGAAACGCCGCUAGUGAUUUCCACCUGAGAAACACUGAGUGCCUAAUUCAAACGUCUUCCUGUGAA